GCCUGGAAAGCGCGCGCGCUUUGAAAGCGGGUUUGAUUGGUUCCCGCGCUCCGCCGCUGUCGUUUCGCGCGCCUUGUUCGGUACAGUUUGGGGGUGCAAUGAGGGAGGGAGGCAUCUGUGGAAGGGAGCCCAGUUAGCGGCAGCCUUGAGUACCCCUCUCCCUCUUCCCUCCGGCGGCCCUAGGAAGCAGCCCUGACCCCCAUCUCGCCUCCUUUAAGGUAACAAAAAGGGCAGCAAGGGAGAUCUUGUCCCUUUAAGUGGUUCACGGGUGGCGCAGGAUAUAUAUUUCGUCAGUGAUGGAAUCAAAACAAAGCGGCUCCCUUCAUUUUUAUUCAUAAAAGUCGGACAAGCCUGACCGAAGCACAAUGGGAAUCCCAGGUUUGCUCCAGUUUAUCAAAGAGGCUGCUGAACCUACUCAUGUCAAGAAGUACAAGGGACAAGUAGUUGCUGUGGAUACUUACUGCUGGCUGCAUAAAGGAGCCUAUGCUUGUGCUGAAAAGCUGGCCAAAGGAGAACCAACAAAUCAAUACGUAAUUUAUUGCAUGAAACUUGUUGAUAUGCUUCUGUCAUUUGGUGUCAAACCAAUUCUUGUAUUUGAUGGAUGUACCUUGCCAUCCAAAAAGGAAGUUGAGAAAUCACGGCGAGAAAAACGGCAAACAAAUCUUCUGAAGGGGAAACAGCUACUCCGAGAAGGAAAAUUAUCUGAAGCCAGAGAAUGUUUUUCACGGAGUAUUAACAUUACACAUGCCAUGGCCUGCGAAGUUAUUAAAGCUGCCCGAGCCCAAGGAAUUGACUGCAUUGUUGCUCCAUAUGAAGCUGAUGCUCAGCUGGCCUACCUUAACAGGAUCGGCAUUGUUCAAGCUAUAAUAACAGAGGAUUCUGAUCUUCUUGCUUUUGGAUGUAAGAAGGUGUUUCUGAAAAUUGAUAAGCUUGGAAACGGCUUAGAAAUUGAUCAAGCUCGGUUAGGGAUGUGCAAACAGCUUGGUGAUGUCUUCACAGAAGAGAAAUUCCGUUACAUGUGUAUUCUGUCGGGCUGUGACUACCUUCCAUCGAUUCAUGGUAUUGGAUUAGGCAAGGCUUGCAAGCUACUUAAAAUAGCUAACAAUCCUGAUAUUAUCAAGGUAAUUAGAAAAAUGGGGCAGUAUUUAAAGAUGAAUAUAUUAGUACCAGAUGACUACUUACAAGGAUUUAUUCGUGCCAACAAUACCUUCCUCUAUCAGCUGGUUUUUGACCCAGUCAAGAGGAAACUUGUUCCUUUGAAUGCUUAUGAAGAUGAUAUUGAUCCAGAAACAUUGCAUUAUGCAGGGAAACACUUUGAUGACAGCACUGCUUUUCAUAUUGCUCUUGGAAAUAAAGACAUCAAUACAAUGGAGCAAAUCGAUAAUUACAAUCCCGAUGCAUCGCAGCCAGUGCAACCCAGAAGUCGUGGCUGGGAUAACCAAUGUGCUAGCGAGAAGCCAUCCAGUCUAAAGAGCAUUUGGAGUAGAGACUAUAAGCCUGGUUUCACUGCCAGUGAUAUCAAAAACCACAAACCAUUGUUAAAAAAACCCACAACCAGAGGCAUGGAGCAGUUAAUUAACACAAAAGGACUAAAUCUUCCUGGCAAAGCACUACUGGCAAAAAGGCCAAGACUUGAAGAGCUUUCAGAAGAUUUGUUGAGCCAGUAUUUUUCAAAUCCAAAAAAAUCCAAGAUAGAAAAUGAAGAAAAUGGAGAGCAUAAUGACUCUACUAGUGCCUUGUCUGUGCUCCAUUCUUCAAAAGACACUCCCAAGAAAAAGGAGGAGCCAGACUCUCAGCCUAGACCUAGAAACAAAUUUGCUUUCAUUCUCCAGAAGAAAAAUGAAGAGAGUGAUGCAGUUGUUGUUCCGGGAACUAGAAGCAGGUUCUUCUGCAAUAUAAUGGAUCUGCCUGACAGACAGCCAAAGGGCAAAGUUCUCCAACCAUCCCAGGAUUGUGAGACUACUGAAGCAGAAUGCACACCAGUGGAAGAUCACAGUCCUCACUUAUCAGAGGCGGAAGAACUAGAAAGAACCAUCCCAUCAUCCCUUGGGGCAACACAGACCAGCUGCUUCAGUUGGACAAAGAGCUUUUCCGAAAAACCUGAGUCACCCAGCCCAUUGCAAAAUGUAUCUUUUCUAAAGCGAUUCCACCGGCAAACACUCAGUAAAGUCACAUCCCAGAAUUGUAACGCAUCACAGAUGACGAGUUCCACAAUAAGUACAGAGUUGGAUGAGGAAGCAUCACCUUUGAAAGAACAGGGGAGCUUAUCGGAACCAGAACUUGAUGUGUCAUCAGAAAGCAAUCUGGACACGUCAGAAAAUUCACCAGUGACCAAGAAAAAUGUUGUUGCUGACAGAGAAUCUGAUCACAGUUCACAAACAGUCUGCAAGCUGAAUUCUCAGAUCUCUCCAUACUUCAGAUCAUCUUGUACAGAUGAUAAGGAUACAAUUCUCAAGAGUAUGGUUCCUGGACUUCAUAAAACUAAUUCUGCAAAUCCCCCUGUUGUAAUGAGGCGCAAGUCACUGGUGCCUGCCAGAGCAAGUGGCUUAAGUAAGAAAAUUACAAAGUCAAAGAAGAAAAACCAUCAUGAUGUUGAAAAUAAAUCAAACCUGCAAGUCACAAUUCAUGAACUGUGGAGAAGCUUCCAGUUUAAAAGGGAUUCUCAAAAACUACCCUCUUGUAAAACAACAAAGCCAUUGUCUCCAGUCAAAGAUAACAACAUUCAGCUCACUCCUGACACAGAUGAUGAUACUUUUAAUAAACUUGAAUUCAGUCAUGUGCAGCGGAAGAUAUUUCAAUGAACUCAUACUGCAGAUUUGAGCAAUUUUAUAAUCAUUGGCAGAAAUAAUGUCAGGAAAUUUCGAUUAAUUGUUCUAAAAUGCAAAAAUCAAAGUAAAAUUUGUACUUGUUUGGCUAUGAGCUAUAAUUGUAAUGUAGUUUCAUCAGAUCUUGUUGAAUACCUACUUGAAUAAAAUUAUUUUGAUACAAA